CCCCGCCCCCCACCCGGGACCGGGAGCGGGCCGACCGACCGCGCCGGGCGGACGUCCGACGCUGCUCUCCCGCAACAGCCAGGCGCGCCCCAGCGAGUGCCGGGGCGCCCGUGCCGAAGACACACAGAGCCGGAAGAAACGGGCCAGCGCGCGCUCACACCCAUCUCCCGGGCGCCUGGUUCCCCGGGCAGGGCCCGGCCGCCUUGCCCGAAAGCAGCCCGAGCGUGACCACGGCCUCGUGGGGAAGCUGCCCCUCCAGGGGAGCCUCGCGGUGCCUGUCGGCCAGGCGCGCCCCAGCGAGUGCCGGGGCGCCCGUGCCGAAGACACACAGAGCCGGAAGAAACGGGCCAGCGCGCGCUCACACCCAUCUCCCGGGCGCCUGGUUCCCCGGGCAGGCAGGGGUGCCCGCCCAACGCGGCGCCUCGCAGCGUGGCUGCAGGUCCUCGGGGGCUGCACGGGUGACUGCGGGCCCCAGGGCCCGGCCGCCUUGCCCGAAAGCAGCCCGAGCGUGACCACGGCCUCCCAGGCGCGCCCCAGCGAGUGCCGGGGCGCCCGUGCCGAAGACACACAGAGCCGGAAGAAACGGGCCAGCGCGCGCUCACACCCAUCUCCCGGGCGCCUGGUUCCCCGGGCAGGCAGGGGUGCCCGCCCAACGCGGCGCCUCGCAGCGUGGCUGCAGGUCCUCGGGGGCUGCACGGGUGACUGCGGGCCCCAGGGCCCGGCCGCCUUGCCCGAAAGCAGCCCGAGCGUGACCACGGCCUCCCAGGCGCGCCCCAGCGAGUGCCGGGGCGCCCGUGCCGAAGACACACAGAGCCGGAAGAAACGGGCCAGCGCGCGCUCACACCCAUCUCCCGGGCGCCUGGUUCCCCGGGCAGGCAGGGGUGCCCGCCCAACGCGGCGCCUCGCAGCGUGGCUGCAGGUCCUCGGGGGCUGCACGGGUGACUGCGGGCCCCAGGGCCCGGCCGCCUUGCCCGAAAGCAGCCCGAGCGUGACCACGGCCUCCCAGGCGCGCCCCAGCGAGUGCCGGGGCGCCCGUGCCGAAGACACACAGAGCCGGAAGAAACGGGCCAGCGCGCGCUCACACCCAUCUCCCGGGCGCCUGGUUCCCCGGGCAGGCAGGGGUGCCCGCCCAACGCGGCGCCUCGCAGCGUGGCUGCAGGUCCUCGGGGGCUGCACGGGUGACUGCGGGCCCCAGGGCCCGGCCGCCUUGCCCGAAAGCAGCCCGAGCGUGACCACGGCCUCCCAGGCGCGCCCCAGCGAGUGCCGGGGCGCCCGUGCCGAAGACACACAGAGCCGGAAGAAACGGGCCAGCGCGCGCUCACACCCAUCUCCCGGGCGCCUGGUUCCCCGGGCAGGCAGGGGUGCCCGCCCAACGCGGCGCCUCGCAGCGUGGCUGCAGGUCCUCGGGGGCUGCACGGGUGACUGCGGGCCCCAGGGCCCGGCCGCCUUGCCCGAAAGCAGCCCGAGCGUGACCACGGCCUCCCAGGCGCGCCCCAGCGAGUGCCGGGGCGCCCGUGCCGAAGACACACAGAGCCGGAAGAAACGGGCCAGCGCGCGCUCACACCCAUCUCCCGGGCGCCUGGUUCCCCGGGCAGGCAGGGGUGCCCGCCCAACGCGGCGCCUCGCAGCGUGGCUGCAGGUCCUCGGGGGCUGCACGGGUGACUGCGGGCCCCAGGGCCCGGCCGCCUUGCCCGAAAGCAGCCCGAGCGUGACCACGGCCUCCCAGGCGCGCCCCAGCGAGUGCCGGGGCGCCCGUGCCGAAGACACACAGAGCCGGAAGAAACGGGCCAGCGCGCGCUCACACCCAUCUCCCGGGCGCCUGGUUCCCCGGGCAGGCAGGGGUGCCCGCCCAACGCGGCGCCUCGCAGCGUGGCUGCAGGUCCUCGGGGGCUGCACGGGUGACUGCGGGCCCCAGGGCCCGGCCGCCUUGCCCGAAAGCAGCCCGAGCGUGACCACGGCCUCCCAGGCGCGCCCCAGCGAGUGCCGGGGCGCCCGUGCCGAAGACACACAGAGCCGGAAGAAACGGGCCAGCGCGCGCUCACACCCAUCUCCCGGGCGCCUGGUUCCCCGGGCAGGCAGGGGUGCCCGCCCAACGCGGCGCCUCGCAGCGUGGCUGCAGGUCCUCGGGGGCUGCACGGGUGACUGCGGGCCCCAGGGCCCGGCCGCCUUGCCCGAAAGCAGCCCGAGCGUGACCACGGCCUCCCAGGCGCGCCCCAGCGAGUGCCGGGGCGCCCGUGCCGAAGACACACAGAGCCGGAAGAAACGGGCCAGCGCGCGCUCACACCCAUCUCCCGGGCGCCUGGUUCCCCGGGCAGGCAGGGGUGCCCGCCCAACGCGGCGCCUCGCAGCGUGGCUGCAGGUCCUCGGGGGCUGCACGGGUGACUGCGGGCCCCAGGGCCCGGCCGCCUUGCCCGAAAGCAGCCCGAGCGUGACCACGGCCUCCCAGGCGCGCCCCAGCGAGUGCCGGGGCGCCCGUGCCGAAGACACACAGAGCCGGAAGAAACGGGCCAGCGCGCGCUCACACCCAUCUCCCGGGCGCCUGGUUCCCCGGGCAGGCAGGGGUGCCCGCCCAACGCGGCGCCUCGCAGCGUGGCUGCAGGUCCUCGGGGGCUGCACGGGUGACUGCGGGCCCCAGGGCCCGGCCGCCUUGCCCGAAAGCAGCCCGAGCGUGACCACGGCCUCCCAGGCGCGCCCCAGCGAGUGCCGGGGCGCCCGUGCCGAAGACACACAGAGCCGGAAGAAACGGGCCAGCGCGCGCUCACACCCAUCUCCCGGGCGCCUGGUUCCCCGGGCAGGCAGGGGUGCCCGCCCAACGCGGCGCCUCGCAGCGUGGCUGCAGGUCCUCGGGGGCUGCACGGGUGACUGCGGGCCCCAGGGCCCGGCCGCCUUGCCCGAAAGCAGCCCGAGCGUGACCACGGCCUCCCAGGCGCGCCCCAGCGAGUGCCGGGGCGCCCGUGCCGAAGACACACAGAGCCGGAAGAAACGGGCCAGCGCGCGCUCACACCCAUCUCCCGGGCGCCUGGUUCCCCGGGCAGGCAGGGGUGCCCGCCCAACGCGGCGCCUCGCAGCGUGGCUGCAGGUCCUCGGGGGCUGCACGGGUGACUGCGGGCCCCAGGGCCCGGCCGCCUUGCCCGAAAGCAGCCCGAGCGUGACCACGGCCUCCCCCGCCCCCCACCCGGGACCGGGAGCGGGCCGACCGACCGCGCCGGGCGGACGUCCGACGCUGCUCUCCCGCAACAGCCAGGCGCGCCCCAGCGAGUGCCGGGGCGCCCGUGCCGAAGACACACAGAGCCGGAAGAAACGGGCCAGCGCGCGCUCACACCCAUCUCCCGGGCGCCUGGUUCCCCGGGCAGGCAGGGGUGCCCGCCCAACGCGGCGCCUCGCAGCGUGGCUGCAGGUCCUCGGGGGCUGCACGGGUGACUGCGGGCCCCAGGGCCCGGCCGCCUUGCCCGAAAGCAGCCCGAGCGUGACCACGGCCUCGUGGGGAAGCUGCCCCUCCAGGGGAGCCUCGCGGUGCCUGUCGG